AUGUUGAAGUUGUUGACUGUUCACAAUACCCACAAUCACGGGCUAAGUCCACAAAAGGCGAGGUUCUUUCGGUACAAUAGAGAAGUGAGUUUGUCUAUUAAGAGAAUGCUAGAUACAAAUGAUCAGACUGGUAUCAAAAUGAACAAGAGCUUAGCCGCUCUUGUGCAAGAAGCAGGUGAGUUUGAGAACUUGUCAUUCAAUGAAAAAGACUGUCGUAAUUAUAUUGACAAGGCACGCCACUUUCGACUUGGGAAAUGUGGCGCUGGAGCUCUCCAUGAAUAUUUUGUUAGGAUGCAAUACAAGAAUAAUGGAUUCUUUUCCCUAAUGGAUAUGGAUGAUGAUGGGAGGUUGAAAAAUGUCUUUUGGGCAGAUUCACGAAGUAGGGCAUCAUACAAAUAUUUUAGUAAUGUUGUCACGUUCGACACUACAUAUCUGAUAAAUAGGUAUGAGAUGCCAUUUGUACUGUUUGUUCGCAGUUUGUUGAACUGUAUGAAUGGUGAAGCUCCAAAGGCUAUUAUCACAUAUCAAGAUAGAGCCAUGGAAAAUGCGAUUGCGCUUGUCUUUCCGAAUACCCGACACCGAUUUUGCUUAUGGCACAUACUGAAGAAAUUACCUGAAAAACUCGGUUCACAUGGUACAUACAAAGAUAGGUUGAAAAGUCAGUUGCUUAUGUGUGUGUAUGACUCUCAAACAAUAGAGGAGUUUGAGAGUUGUUGGGAAGUGAUGAUUAAAACAUACAACUUGCAAGAAAAUGCUUGGUUGCAGAGUUUAUAUGCUGAGCGUACCUAUUGGGCACCAGUAUUCUUGAAAGAAGUUUUUUUGGACUGGAAUGAGCACAACCCAACGAAGACAAACUUAAAAGAGUUUGUUGAUCAAUUCGAUAAUGCGUUGAGAAUGAAGAUUGAGAAUGAAAAUGCAGCGGACUUUCACUCAUUCAACGUUACAAUUCUUGCCAUCUCUAUUUCUCUACUUGAGAAGAUAUUUCAAACCACAUAUACUAACUCUAAAUUUAGAGAAGUUAAAAAAGAAGUAAUGGGAAUGCUUGGUGUUCUUCCAACUCUACACCGAAAAGAUGGUGUCAUUGCAACGUACCAUGUAGAAGAUGAAAUAGAAGUUGAUGAUUUCAUCAAGGAGCCACAUGGAAGAGAUAUCGAUAUAGUUGACACGUGCAGGAAUUUAUUUGAGCAAACAGUUGUUGAGACUCAAGAGAGUGUUGUCAUUCAGCCACCUCAAAACACUACCGAAGUAUUGGACUUUAGUGAAACUCAACUUGGGGAUGGGAGACGACCAGAACUUCAUAAAGCUCUAGAUGAGACUCAAGAUUGUGGACACGUGCAUGACUGA